AAAGGGUAAACCAGCGUCUACAGCAGCAAGUGCAGUCGAACUGAGAGGAUUUGUGCCGCCGACGCGCUGAUAGCCACCGCACAGAUGCCUGGCCCUGGGCCAUAACGGAUAUCACCCGACAUUUAUUUUUUCAUAUCAUCGUAUGGUUUAGCUGUAGGACGUCGAAUAACAACCGUUUGGUUUCGCCGAAUCGCGCCAUCGCUGUUGGUCUUUCAUUUGGAGGGCUCGCCCUUUCWCCGGGAGUCUGAAUGGAAGCAGCAGCCGAGGGAGCAGUUGGGCUGUCAGAGGCCAGGGAAGCGAGACCGUUAUCCGGGGCUACAGCAUCAGAGGAUGCGGACACUGUCAUUGGAAUUAGCUACGGAAGGGACAGUGACAUGGACUAUUCUGCUAGAAAAGCACACAUCACAGAGCUACCUGGUGUCUCGGGUCUACCAGGCCAGGGGAAGAGGAUGGGCCACAGGGGAGUGGACGCGUCCGGAGAGACCACCUACAAGAAGACCACGUCCUCUGCCCUGAAAGGUGCCAUCCAGCUGGGCAUCGGCUACACGGUGGGCAACCUGAGCUCCAAGCCUGAGAGAGACGUCCUCAUGCAGGACUUCUAUGUGGUGGAGAGCAUCUUCUUCCCCAGUGAAGGCAGCAACCUGACUCCAGCCCACCACUUCCCAGACUUCCGCUUCAAGACGUACGCUCCCGUGGCCUUCCGCUACUUCAGGGAGCUCUUUGGGAUCAGGCCUGAUGACUACCUGUACUCCCUGUGUAACGAGCCCCUGAUUGAGUUGUCCAACCCCGGGGCCAGUGGCUCUGUGUUCUACCUGACCAAGGACGAUGAGUUCAUCAUCAAGACCGUCAUGCACAAGGAGGCAGAGUUUCUGCAGAAGCUGCUGCCUGGAUACUACAUGAACCUCAACCAGAACCCUCGCACCCUGCUUCCCAAGUUCUUCGGCCUGUACUGCAUCCAAUCUGGCGGUAAGAACAUCCGCAUGGUGGUCAUGAACAAUGUUCUACCGCGCGCCGUCCGCAUGCACCUCAAGUUUGACCUGAAGGGCUCCACGUACAAACGCUGUGCCUCGAAGAAGGAGAGACAGAAAGCCAAGCCCACCUUCAAAGACCUGGACUUCAUGCAGGAUCUGCAGGAUGGCCUGAUGCUGGACCAGGAUAUGUACAGCGCUCUGGUCAAGACCCUGCAGAGAGACUGUCUGGUGCUGGAGAGCUUUAAGAUCAUGGACUACAGCUUGCUGCUGGGGGUCCAUAACAUUGACCAGGCAGAGAGGGAGCAGCAGAUGGAGGGAGGAGAGAAGGAUCAGAAGAGGCCCGUGGCCCAGAAGGCCCUCUACUCCACCGCCAUGGAGUCUAUCCAGGGAGGGGCUGCCUGCGGGGAGUCUAUCGAAACAGACGACACGAUGGGAGGCAUCCCAGCAGUCAAUGGGAAAGGAGAGCGUCUACUCCUCUACAUCGGAAUCAUAGACAUCCUUCAAUCCUACAGGCUAAUAAAGAAGCUGGAGCACACAUGGAAGGCUAUGGUUCAUGAUGGGGACACCGUAUCAGUCCAUCGGCCGGGCUUCUAUGCAGACAGGUUCUUCAAAUUUAUGAGCAGCACUGUGUUUAAGAAGAGCUCCUCCUUGAAGUCUUCUCCCAUUAAGAAGGGCCGUGUUGGCCUGACGGUGACUAAGUACACUGGCCCCGGGGCCGCCUGGUCAGCCAGCCAGCUGCCCUCGGAGAGAGACGACAACAUCUACGACCUGAGAGGAGCACGCAGCUUCCCCACGCUGGAGGACGAGGGGCGACCAGACCUCCUCCCCUGCACCCCUCCGUCAUUUGAGGAGGCGACCACAGCCUCCAUCGCCACCACGCUCUCCUCCACCACCUCUCUGUCCAUCCCAGAGAGGUCUCCCUCAGACGCUGGGGCAGAGCACCCCCGCUACAGGUACCAGAACAACAGCUCUGAGAGAAGGAGGCACACCCAGUCUGUCAGCCAUGACGGGAGGACUCAGGAGGAGGUGCGUGAGGAGGAGCAGCAGACCAUCACGGUGGAGGUGGAGGUGAAGAGACACGACAGCGAGCCCACCAUCACGGCCCCACAGCCCUCUCCAGAGACCAGUGAGGUACCAGAGGUAGCCGAGGCUGCUGCCCCACCCUCCUCCUCCUCUCCCCCAGCCCCUGGGGCCCCUGCUGAAGCCUCUGCUGAGGCCCCUGCUGCUGAGACCCCUGGCCCAGAGGCCGCUGUCAGUCGCAAGGUUGUGGUUGUGGAGGCUGAGCGGGACCGCCGGGGCAGCACAGUGUCUGGGUCCGGAUGCACCAGCCAAGCCUCACAGGACGACGAGGAUGACGUGCCAAUCACAGACAUCUACUUUCCCCCUGAGYACAAGACCUGGGUGUACUCCCCUCUGCACUACGGCAGUGAGUCUCAGACCUUGCCGGAUGGGGAAGGGGAGGAGAGCGAGACAGGUUGCAAAAUUCCGGUAGCUUUCCCAAAAGUCCCAGGUUUUCCCGAAAUCCCGAUUGGAAGAUUCCCAGAAUCAGAAGGGAAUAAGCAGGAAAUCCAGCGCCUCGCUACCAGGAUUUCUGGAGAACCAGGGAUUUUUGGGAAAAGCUGAGAGGAUGAUUCCGUGGAGAGAGGAGCCAUCAGACUGAUCCCCGGGCCUCUGAUUGGCAGGCAGCGGAAGCAUUCCAAUCCAGACCUGUAUUUUAAACCAUGGAUACAAAAACAAAACAGACUAAAUACUGUGAGGAAACCCCCUCGACAUCCCGUAGUCACAGUGGUGAUGAUACUGUAUGAUCGAUUCCCCUCCUUUCAACCCACCCCAACCCCAAAUUGCCAUAGCAGAAGAAAAGCAGGAACUCAAAUUGCUAGGCUAUACAUCUAGCAUGCCCCAUUAAAAACAUGGGCAUUGAGGCAACUCUGCUACUCCUCUCACAUUCCCAAAUGUCGAUACAGUCAAAUGGUCACAUUUAUUUAAUUGAUAUCAUGUUAAUUUAUAUUGUGAUUUUUCUUCGUUUAUUAUUUUGUUGUUUUUUUAUCUUUUUUUUGUGCACUUUUUUCAGCCAUUUAGUACUGUGAAUAUAUUUAGUUAUGUUGUGUGCUUCAAAUGUAGCUCUAGCAGGAAUCUUAAUGUUGUUUUGUAGCUCUAGCAGCAAUCUUAACGUCGCUAUCGAAGUGGUACUUUACCGCUAUGUUGAAUGGUACUUUACCGCUAUGUUGAAUGGUACUUUACCAUUGGAGAGGGAACACUUUAUUUCCAAUAGAUGAAAAAUUAUCUAUAGAAUGUGUUUCAGAAAACAACAUGAUUUGGUAAAUCGCAUAAGCCUACUGUAUUAUUUUACAGGUUUGUUUAUUCGUUGUUAUGUAUUUAUUUUGUCAUUUCUAUCACAGUAUUGCUAAAGGCUUCUAGCCUCAAAACCAGAUCAUUGCAACACUAAAUAAGGCUGGGUAUUGUCAAUCAUUUCAAAAUCCUACAUCAUUACAAUGUCUUCUAGAACCGCCCAACUUUCAGAGGAAUGCAAACAAAUCAUUUUCUAAGCAUAAUGAUUCAUUGAGCUGUCGUAAUGUCAUGAAAUACCAAUAUUUCAGCAGUCAAACCUUGACUCUGAAUGUUAGCUCUGCUGGAGGGGAUUUAGGCUAAUGGAUUUGAUUACUUAGGCCAAAAAACUCACAGUAUCACAUGUCCAGAAUUAAUUAAUACUUCUGUUAUUUAGUAAUAGUUCAUCCGAGAGGGAUUUCAGGCUGCUCUUAGACAGCACUUUUAUGUAUCAACCAUCAUCAGAUGUGAAAGUGAGGUCUUCAUCACAAUCAUCUGGUAUAGGAUUAGUGUUAUAGUCUUUAUGCGAAUUCCAUGUUUUAAGGUUUAAGUUGUGUUUCAAUAUGUUUUAUUCUUUUUCUGUUUCACACUUGGCUGUUUAAGUUAGUUGGUGUGUUUGUAUGUCUGUGCGUGACGGAAGGCGUCAAUGUCAAAACGUGUAAAAUACUGAUCAUUCUAUCAUAAUGUGCAGUGGCCAGUUGUAAUCAGUUGCUGUUGUCCAUGUCAUCAAGAGACCAUAGCAGCAGUAUGUUGUACAGUACAGGUGUAGUCUUAGUUAGUUUUAAUUGCCUUAUUGAGAAAUUAAAACGUAUCAUAUCAAUGUUUUUUUCAUAGUAGUGCUGUUGUAUUUAUUAUUUUCAAGUCAUUUUUUUCAAUACUGUAGUUGUGAGCCAGAAAAUGUGUAUAUACAAUUAUAAAUACAUAUAUAAAGAAUAUAUAAAUAUAUUUUCCAUUUGAAUUGGAGAAUAUUAUUUUUAUUUGAUUACAUUUUUUGCUGCUGGCAGGAAAUGAUUAAGAGCUACACAUGAUUUACUGUACCAUGUUCUUCAAGGUGUUGACACGAUGCAGCUCGAUUUAUGGUUUAUAAAUCACAGCUGUUUUCUUUUUUUUUAAUGUAUGAUAUCCAUUACUGAAGAGUUGUCAGUUUUACUGUACCAGUUUAGUGUACAUGUUUUCAAAUCACAGUGUGCCCUCCUUCACAGAGACAUAGCAUGGUUUAAAAAUGAAUAUGCAUAUCAGAAAUAUGUAUUCAUGUAUAUCUGUGUAUAUUCAUCUAUUUAUACAUGAGGAUAAAUAGAUGGCUGUAUGUCUGUGUGUGUUUGGACUCUUACGAUGAGAAUGAAUACAAAAUAAAGCAGUUCUAUGUCUAUGA